AUGCAGACUGCUUCUACAAACAUUUGUGAAGGGCUGUGCAAUAAGUCCAUCCAUUAAAUUUCUUUGCCACUAAAUAUUCCACGGUCAACUGUUAGUGGUGUUAUAACAAAAUGGAAGCAACUGGGAAUAACGGCAACUCAGCCACGAAGUGGUAGGCUAUGUAAAAUGACAGAGCGGGGUCAGUGCAUGCUGAAGCACACAGCGUGCAGAAGUCGCAAACUGUCUGCAAAGUCAAUAGAUAAGAACUUCAGAUUAGCACAACAGUGCGUGGAGAGCUUCAGGGAAUGGGUUUCCAUGGUCAAGCAGCUGUAUCCAAGCCGUACAUCACCAAGUGCCAUACAAAGCGUCUGAUUCAGUGGUGUAAAGCACACCGCCAUUGCACACUAG